AACUCGCGAGUAGUUUCGUACCAACUCUCGCGCGAGUCGGAUGACGGGUGAUAUACGUUGAGCUCGUUCCCGUUCGCCGCCGACGUCCUUGCUCCGAGAAAGCGAUCGGAUUCGAAGCAGCACGAAAACAUAGGAGAGGAUACCUGCCCGCGGAAUCGAACGCGUCGCGUGUUUACUUUCGCGUUGUGCUCACGUACCUCGAUCUUUGCCUCCGUCCUACGUCCGUGCAUACGCGUCCUCGUUCAGUGCAAUUUCGCAAUUUCGUAACAUCCACAUGAUUCGAUCGACGAAAGACGCGCGAGUGUGCAAACGUUCCGCGACGCGAAUGCCGUGAUGCUGGACGGUAGUGGCGGAAGAAGAUCGACGGGGCCACUCGACACCGUCUCGAUCGCUUCCUCCUGACAGUAUGAGCCUCGUGCAUCGUCCUCGUCGAUGAGAUAGAGUGGUGUUCCGCUCCUGGGACGAUGUCAUUCCAGUGAUACGCAAAAGUGAAGGAAGUUCCGAUUCUAUCCGAGUUGAGUGCGAACGAAUGAUCGGAACUACGUCGCGGACAAGUGUGCCCACUCGUCGAGGAGACGCGAAUAGAGUGUGAGUGUGUUCGCGACGCGGAUAGUGUGCCAUACUCGGCAGAAAGUGAAGAGAACCGUGGUGGUACUCUGGUAACACGUGUGACAGUUUCCGUGAGGGAUAGAAUAUCUCGGGGUGUCGGGAGGUUGACCGGCGAAGACGGUGGUUUCGGACGUGGCCGUAUCGUGUCUGUCUGUCGUCGGAUUAUAUUCUCCAGUGUUCUACGGUUAGUCGGUGUCCGUUGUUCAACGCCGUUCGUGCCCACGUUAAGCAAUGUUGAUAUAGUGUGCGUUAAACGUUGAUUUCCAGUGAACAAUGCUCGGAUUUCUCGCUGCCGUGGACACCACUAUGGAUUUCUUUAUUUUCAACACGGUGCCGAUGCGACGCACAACCGCACAAAGGAAUAACGGGGAUUUUGCGAGCAAUAGAUCGAGACGACGCACAACCGACAGCGCGAGGACGGGAGGCGUGGCAAGAUCAACGCCGUCUAUAAUCUGGUUGUCGUUGCUACUGACACUGGGAACGAGGACAACGGCGUCAGGGACGAACAUGACAAACGUGUCACCGCUCGCCUCGACGGUGAGGCCGAUCACGACCACGGAAGUAGUUUAUCAGAGAUUCGCGAUCGAGCCGAUGGAUCAGACGGCGGUGAUUGGCAGCCGGGUGACGCUUCCUUGCCGGGUCCUCGAUCAGAAGGGACCUAUUCAAUGGACGAAGGACGACUUCGGGCUUGGCGCUGUUAGAAACCUCACGGGAUACGAGCGUUACGCCAUGAUCGGCAGCGACGAGGAGGGUGACUUCUCGUUGCACAUUUACCCGGUCGAAUUGGAGGACGACGGCACUUACCAGUGUCAAGCCUCGCCGACGAACGACGGGCAGCCGGCGUUACGCUCGAGAUUCGCCAAGCUGAGCGUGCUGGUUCCGCCUCAGAAACCAAAGAUCCUUCAGGGUGACUUUCUUAUCACGACCGAGGACCGGGAAUUGGUGAUCGAGUGCGUCAGCGUGGCUGGCAAACCGCCUGCGGAGAUCACGUGGAUCGACGGGUUGGGGAACGUGCUGCACAGAGGCAUAAAAACGACCAAGGAAUUGUUCGACGACGGCCCCUUGUACACCGUGAAAUCCGUGCUGAGGGUGAUGCCGCGCAAGGACCACGACAACACGACGUUCACGUGCCAAAGUCAGAACGCGGCCGACCGCACGCCGCAGAACGCGAAACUGCGCGUCGAGGUCCGCUACGCGCCAAAAGUGUCUCUGAGGAUCCGGUCGGGGUUGGGCAAGAAUGGGCGCAUCGUGGAGGGCAGCGAGCUCCGCUUCAAGUGUCGCGCGGAAGCGAACCCGCCGAACGUCGAGUACAGGUGGUUCAUUAACGAGAAAAAGGUGAUCGGCGACUACACCACGGAAAUGAUCAUCCACAACGCGACCCGAGAUCUUCACGAUGCGAUAGUGAAGUGCGAGGUUCACAACGACGUCGGGAAGAGCGAGGACACCGAAACUCUGGACAUAACGUACGGGCCGCAGUUCAGGCACCAGCCGAUCUCCGUGGAGACGCAGUACGGCGCCACGGAGAUAUUGCAGUGCGACGUUGACGGGAACCCGACGCCGGAGAUCCGCUGGUACCACGAGGAUUCGGAGCGACAGGUCGCCAGCACGCCCAACAUCAGCGUGGUGGUGAACCACGAGACGGCCGGGCGGUAUUUUUGCAAGGCGCACGUACCCGGUUUCCAGGAGUUGAUGGGGUACGCGAACAUCUACAUCCGGGCACCGCCGAGUAUCGUGUCGCAGAGGGUGCAAUACGUGCCCGACGAGGGUGCCGUCAAGGUGAAGUGUACCGCGAUAUCUGUGCCAAAAGCGGACUCGGUGGUGUGGAGCUUCGCCGGUCGCGAGUUCAAUCUCUCGACGAACAAUACGCAGUUUUCCGUGCAGGAGGAAUACACCGCCGAGAGAGUCGUCAGCACUGUCACACUGCUCGAACCCACAUCCACGUACUUCGGGGAUUACAACUGCACGGUCACGAAUAGCUUCGGCACGGAUUCCGUCAUAAUCAAGCUGACGGCACACAUCGAUUUGCAACUGAUUCUGAUCAUCGGUGGCCUGGUCGUCUGCGUGAUCCUGAUUGGCGUGAUCAUUAUACUCAUUCUGCAGUGCCGCGACCGCAUCAAACAGCCACGACCGAGGACGGCCCAGACCCAGGAGACUGAUAUGCAAGAAACAGACUCGAACGCGGACAGGUAUCGAGAAAGCGACAGAAGCAGCAAUCUGUCGGACGUGAAGGCGGAUAUACGGGCCGGAUCGAGCGUGAGCAACGCGGAGAGCGUGACGGCGCUCGACAGCGAGGGCGAAGGAAGCACGAGAGGUGUGAACGCUUUGGCGCUGGCCGGACCCGUCCCCAAUCCCCUGGGUUAUCGUUACAGCGCCGAUUACACGGAGCCAUCGUUCCCGCCAAAAAAUAACGACGGCAGUAACAAUAACGGUUACGUGCCGUAUGUGGACUACACCCGCGACUACAUGCCACCCACGACGCAAGGUGUGGGAGCGUCGCGGGAAUCCUUAAGCAGGAUACCUUCCGGCGGGAUACUAGCCUCGAAGAAGAUCGGUCUGAGUUCCGCGAAUCUGGGCGGCUCGACCCCUCAAACCACCCCCGCGAUCGAUCCACGUUUCUCAGCAACGUAUGGAAACCCCUACCUCAGAAUGUCAGCGGCGGAGCAACUGAGACACGCGCCUCACACAGCUGUGCCGGGAGUGACGCCUGCGCCACCGCCUUACACGCAAGCAAUGAGAAUGAAUAGCUUGAAUACCUUGAACGGCGCUGGACCGCAGGCACCACUUUCGGCGCACUACAUCACGGGCGGGCCGAACGGCGGAGUGGCGACGGUAAAACGCACCUCGGCGGUGGGGACGUUAGCGACGCAUGUAUGAGGCCAGGGGGUCUAUCCGAACUAGAACCAUCGACGUUCGGGCCUAACUAGUACCGCCUUCGGAUCGACUCACCAACGCUCCAACACUGUGAAACGGCGAGGAGGAACGCUUGUUCUCGCGGAGGGCAGAACUUGUCGCGGUAUCGAGGCGCGUAAGGAUCGUCAUCGACGUGGAUCGAGCGUUGACGCGGAACGAUUGCUCGACGGGGAAGCAAAGUGGAGGAAAGGGGAAGAGUGGAACAAGUUUCGGGUGAAGGGACACGGGGCGCAACGAAUCGGUGAAAACGGGGAGGCGUUGAGGUACAUCGAGAUGGUGCUACGACAAUUGCGAAGGGCCAGCCGCGAUCAUCGAAAACUCGUGGAGCAACGUUCGAGUCGCGUGGCGUUUCCUUCUUCCUCGACGCCGUGCCUCGACGAGUAUCUUUCGGCGAGGUGUUUUUCGGGUGACGUUCGGGGAAGUUUGGCGAUUGGGCGGGGACAAGAAAGAAGAACGGGGGAGAAGAAGAGCGAAGUCUCGAGAGAGACGGUGGAAAGGUUGCGGGAAGUUGGAGGAUCGAGGAAGGAAGAACCGCGAGAGCUUGCCGAGUAUCCCUGUGUGGACGUCGCGAGGAAAGUGGUGGCGAGGAGGAAGCCGUACGCGAGGGGAAUUUACCUAUUGGAAACGAUGCCCAGGAGGAUCCACGAGAGGAUGAGCGUGGCGGGUCGACAUGGUUUACGGGGAUACGUUCCUGCGUACGAAGGAAUUGAUACCACGAUUAUUCGAUGAGCAUCACGCGAGCUUUUUCCUUAAAUGUCUCGUCGAGGUUGGCCGGGAGUAAAAGAAGUAAGAACGAGUAAAAAGAGGCUGGUCGAGGAGCGAUUCGACUUAUACGGAAAGAUCGAUCCAAGCGAAUGCGAGCGAAUUUGCGAGGAAUGGGACGAGGAAACCGAUAUCGAAUAAUGGCGAACAAAAGGAUGACCGGUCGAGCUUGUCGAAUCGAUCAGCAUGCACGUGGUAUUCUAUUUAAGAAGACUGACUAACUUGAUGGGCAAGAAGGUUCCUUCAUCCACUCGGAAACACAGUGUAUUUUUUUCUAUCGUCUAAUAGGAAUAAAAAAAUAAUCGACUUUGCACAUCGAAAUGGAAUGGAUUACAUGAGAAGAAACGAUAGGUGAAAGUGGAAUUUUUUUUUUGGAAAGAGGGAAAGAAAGAGAGAAAUUGAGAAGAGAGAAGACGUGGAAAGGAAACGAGGACGAUCGGAAGCGACGAUUAGUUGGAUGAGUUGGAGAGGGACGAAGGACGGUGGUUAGAUUCGUAAAUCGAAGGAGCUCUUCGGAACGAGGACAGACCACUCGGUAUCGACAAUCUUUUAUUCGCAUACUUAUAUAGAUCUCGAUAAGCAUUUAAUGUUCAUUCGAAGAAACGUUAACGAAAAUGGGAAUCGAAUCUCAUAGCGUUGAUCGUUGCGGUCGUAAAGUAGCAGUCUUACCUUUAAUAAGCGUCGUGACUCGAAUGUCCACGGCUAAACGGUGGAACAUGGAGCAAUUAUCCUCGUGGGGAAGGAUAUUUCGCGUUUCUGUACAUGUGAUACGUAGACGUAUGUCCAGAGUCGGAAACGACGUGUUCGAAAUUGUUGCUUGAUCGCGUCGCAGAAAUCGGACAACGUCUCGGCUGCUACUUCGACGUCACUGCGUCGCGUUGCCUUUUUUUAUUUGUAGGGAAAAGAAAAAAAAAAUGUUAGGUCUCGCGGAAAUAUAUAUUCGCGGAUAUAAGCGAAUAGAGAGGAAACUCGAGCCAAGAUCGUGCCGCUUGUGUGACAAGAUCGAUCACGAUCUCGUUAUCGACCUUACGGCCUGGGGAAUCUUCGGUGAGGAGAGAGAGGACGCGCGUUCGCUACGCGUGUUCCACAGGUCGUAAAAAAAUUUGUAAAAUAGAUAGCUAAAAAUGAUUAGGUAUAUACAUAUAUAUAUAUAUAUAAAUAUAUCACCUGUUGUCAAUACGAACAUAGGGCCUAUAGUUUGGUGGCGCUACGAAAGCAAAAACUCUAUCGAAAUAAGCUCGUUCUUGGGUGGAACAGCUUCGUGUAAAUAACAAAAAUUAAUAACGAUAUUAAAAUAAUAGACGAGCAGAACAGGGCGAAAGAAUUUCUCGAAAGAAGAAUAACAACAGGUUCGAGAAAUCUCGGUUUAAUCGUAUCGCUCGUUAUUGAAUUAAGUUUCUUUUUUUUCUUCGAGAAAAUAUUUUCUCCGUUCGUUUGCAACGUCUGUAGCUCAUUGGACGAGGAUUUGGAUUUAUUAUCGAAUUUCUCUCCUCGGCGAUGAUCUAUGGCCUCGAGUUAAAUAAAAAAAUAAAAAAGUCUUAAAUUAAAUUAAAGAAGAAAAUAGGCAAACGCAUCGUUGACUCGCGAAUUUACAUUAUAGAAUACAGAAGGCGAGAAUAAAUACCGUUGAUUACGAAAACGAAACAGGGUAGCCUAUCAAUUAUUAAAACGAUUCCGAAAGAAAAAGGCUGCACACUAUGGAUUGGCCCCAUAUUCGCGUGGCGCGUCAAUUGAGUUUGAAAAAAAAAAAAAAAAAGGAAAAAGGAAGAAAAGAAGAAGGGGAAAGAAAUUAAAAGGGAAGAAAAAGUAGAGCUCGAGCAAACGUGUCGGUGUGAUGGGAAAUCUCGUAUGAACGAUGACGAUGAUGGUGAUUCGUCGUCCCGUGUUCAUCAAUUAGGAGAACGAAUAUACAUAUUUGUAUGUAUCGAGAAGAUAUCUUUAUAUUGAGACAUAUAUGUAACAUAAUUUCUGUAAAUAACUGGAAUUAUUGCUCACCGUAUCUCGUAAGAUUUAGUUAGUUUUGUAACUAAGUGAAAAGGAAGAAAAAAAAAAAAUUAAUAACACUAUGUGCAUAUCUGAUUUAACUGCGCGGACAAUUUCGCGACGGACAGUUCCCCUCGAAAGUUCUCGACCCUGUCGUCGAUUAGAUUGAAAAAAGAAGAAGAAGAAGAAGAAGAAGAAGAAGAAGAAGAAAUAAAAAUAAAAAUAAAAAUCAGUAUUCGUAAUAAUAAUAAUAUUAAUAAUAAUAAUAAUAAUAACAAUAAUAAUAAUAAUAAUAAUAAACACUUCCUUCCUAUCGAGAACUCUCGUUCUCACAUUCCACGAUCGAGUCUUGAUCGUGCGCGUUAGUCCGUCGUCAAGAAAACGAUCAGUUCCUCUCGGUUCGCGCUCGAUUCGUUCCGUCGAGGGGAACGCGAUCAAUUCGAAUAUACGGGAUUAUACAGUGUAGUAUUAUCGUAUCUCUUUAAGCAUUUUUCCUCCCGCAAUUCGAUGCCGAUCCCGUUCUCCUCGCCGCGAUAUCGACCAAAACUUCGUCGACGGAGUCUCCCAUUUCCGGGCCAUGGAACUGUCCACCGGAAGUCCAGCUUUAUUGUACAUCAAUCACUCUGUACAAUGUUCAUCCUGAUGUUAUUGUUAACUAUUUAAAAAAAAGAAGAAAAAAAAAAGGAGGGGGUGAAAGCAUGCGAGAAUGAGCGUGAGAACGAGCGUGCGUGUGUGAGAGAGAGAGAGAGGGAGAGAGAAUUUCGAAAUUUUCACAUUCAAAGCGCGCAAACGAAAUCCUGUGCGCAUGCGCGCGUGCCAAAUGCGAUUUCGAGGCACGCGCGCAUGCGCGCACGACCGCACACGUCACACGUGUAAAAUGUAUAAAUGCUUGGUGAAAUUCCGAUGCUGUACAGAUUUAACGGGGAGAAGGAAAAGAAACAAAAGACACGUAGAAACGUAAAGGAGUGAUGGAUCCAUGGUGUCGAAUCUCGCCAUGGAUGGCAACGAUGCCAUGCCGAAAAAAAAGAAAAAGAAAAAAAUGAGAGAAAGAGAGAGAGAGAGAGAGAGAGAGAGAUAUCUAUACAUACAGACACAUGAUUUCUAUUAUAAAGAGAUGUAGGUUAAACGAAGUAUACUGCGGGAAGUAAUUACAAUCAAUGUACUGGAUGGUCCAGGGCGAUGUUAAAAUUAGAAAAGUUUAUGUCGUUUGAAAACCUUAGAAGUUUGCGCCUUCUUGCGCCCGCAGGGCCAUCCUAUACGUAUUAAUUGGUUAUCUGUCAAUUAUUAAUUAAAAUUAUAUCGAUUUCUUCGCCUUUAGUCAAGGAAAGAAACGGGGGGAGUCGUCGCGAAAUCUCCUCAUCGCGCGUCGCAUCGUCCGAUUAAUCGCGCGCCAUUGUAAUAAUAUGCUAUGUAAAACACUCCUCUCGCGGAUCUUCCUCCAUCCCUUAUUCCGGUCUAAGGAAGAAGUUCGCGAAGAAGUUGCGCGAUUCGACGACUUACGAAUAGUUUAUUUUUCUAUAGUGCAAUCAUUUCGUUUUCGUGCAAUUCCCGACAAACCCUCGUUGUUUUUUCAUUGAAAAGUUUAUAUUCUUCGCGAAACACGCAAACUCGCGCGCCUCGUUCGAGAGAAGGAUCUCGAUACGACGCGUCACGACGCUGUUCCGAUGGGGAAAUUUCGCCUUCCGGCUCGAUCGACGCCGUGUGUUUUAUAUAUAUAUAUGUAUAAAUAUAUAUAUAUAUAUAUAAAGCGCGUCGAUUGUUAGGCAAAUUCAUUUUACGAAAUCCUGUGACGAAACGCUUACGCGUUUUUUUUCUAAAUGCGCGCGAAUACGAGAAUGAGAAAAAGAAGGGACGAAGAAUGAGAGGAUAAUGUUAAUGCCUAAAAUCGGGUGAGCGAGGGAAGUUUUUUCAAAUUUGUUGAUACAUUUCAUACAUUUACGAUUAGGGAUUAUGGCCUAUUACUAACUAUUUCGCAAACCUUAUCCGACGAUUCGAUCGUUUUUUUUUUCUUUUCUUUUUUUUUUUUUUUUUUAUUAUAUAUGCGCGUUAUCACACGUUAUGCAACAACCGCGGUGCUAAAAAUCGAGAUAUCUCAUCUCGCGAAAUGAAGAAAGUAACAGAGCAAAAAAAAAAAGGAAAAAAGAAGAAGAAAGAAAGAAAGAAACGUCCCGAUUGAAUGAGAUGUGCCAUAUUAUUCAUCGUAUAAAUAACACUCUUACUCGCUCUCGAAUCGAAAGGUGAGAACUCGUGAACGAAUCGUGAAAAAUACGACAAAAAAGUUAUCGAUCUUCGAACGAGAAAUAUGAAUCACCGUGCGUAAAACCUUGAUAACGGGGGAGUGUAUUUAAAAAAAAAAAAAAAAAAAAAAAAAAAACGAUCGAAUCGUCUGCUCGCGCAUUUGUGAAAUGGAAAGUGACUUUUUAGAAAAUGAACACUUUUUCGCGUGCUAUCCAUGAAAAGCUACGUUAAACACGUCGCAUCGAUUACCGAGUAUAGGGAGAAAAAAAAAAAAAAAAACAAAAGAAAAAAAAAAGAAAAGAAAAAAAAAAGGUGAAAAGAAAAAAAAAUAACGCUAUUUCGAAUUCGACUGACCGACAUAUAGGAGAUACGAUUUAUAUAUAUAUAUACCCCCAUAUUUUUCUCGAUGUUAAAGCUUUUUUCUCAGAACGCGUUACGCGGCGUGUAAUACUGCCUGCGAGAAAGGAAUUCAAGCGAGAUCGUUGCGAAAUUUUUCGGCGAAUUAUCGUUUGUAUAAUAUAGCGGGGAGGAUCCGAUCGACUGCGAUCGUUAUCACACGAGUAUCGCAAGGGCGAGGUGGAGAAAUGAGAAGAAGAAAAAAAAAAAUGGGGAGAAAGGAUGAUCGUUCUGAAGCGAUGCGAGCACUUCUGAUUCAGACCGGUCAUCCCGAUUCGAUCAUUUUUAACACUUUGAAUUUCGACGAAACGAAUAUCUGCUCCUUUUUUUUUUUUUUUUUUUUUUUUUUCCCCAUUUCUUAAUGUAACGUAUUAACAAAGGGAAGAGAAUCGAUGAGUUGAGCGAGUCUGGAAGGGAAAAAACCUGUUACGUUUUUUACAGAAGAGAGAAAAAAGAAAAAAAAGAAAAAAAAAAGAAAGAGAGAACUUUUCAACGUACACCGUGUGUAGUAAUCUCGACCAAUAAUAAUUUUGAUACGAAAUACGCGCCUGGAAUUUAUUCGACUUUGGUAUGUCUCGAACGACAGCGCUUGGGAACAAUUUAAAACGCACUCUUAAUAGCACACACUCGUCCCCGAUAUUAAUAAAACGUCACCCCCCCCCCCCCCCCGUGGAAUAAUCUCUUUUCGAUGAACGUUUCGGAUUAUUCCGUAUCGAAUACAUCAUACCUUCAACCGUUUGAUCCACUUUACAAAUACGAUAGACUGUUACCGUAACGCUAAACGAAACGAACAAAAUAGAAAAGAAAAGACUGUAAUCGACUGCUCGUUGAAAAUUGUAUCGAACAAUCGCGAUGCAUGGUAAAUUUCGCGUACGAAGAGGUCGGUGCACGAGUCGCGUGACUCGGUUUGGAACAAUCUCUCGUAUAAAAUGAGAAAAGGAGGAAAAAAAAAAAAAAAAGAAAAAAAAAAAGAAAAAGACACGGAAGAAUAGCUCGUGGUAAUAAUUAGGAACGUUCGCGAUAUCUGUUAGAAAGAUCAUGUUACGACAAACAUGUUAUUACCAUUAUUUUUCUGUCGUCCUGUGUUCCUUUUCUUCGCUUUUUCUUCCUCUAUAUAUAUAUUUUUUUUCCUUUAAAUACGAUACUCCCUUUUUUUUCACGGUCUUAUAUAUUCCCUAUUCGCGUUUCCCGAGUCUCUCAACCUCGACUCGAACUCGUCGUCGCACACACACACAUACACAUACACAUAAUUAAAUUGCGCACAAUGGAUUUUCAAUUAUAUACGGAAAUGCAACAAAGUUCUUGCAACGUUCUCUUAGGCAUCGAAAUCUGGCGAAAGUUUAUACGUUUCGAGAGGAAAGCUCGCGUAGGAGAACGCCGCUGUCCGCAACAAUGGCCAAUUAUUGCGAAAACACGUAAUUGUGGAGAACGAUUGGUCGAGGUACAGUUUGAGAAAGGGAAGGACGAAUGGAAAUGGUAACAAAAUCAUCUUAACGUAACCGCAUUCUACACGGGAGAAGUCUCGCGGCGCGAACAUCACGCCCGGCGUAAAAGUAAAUUAACCGAAUGAAAGGUAACUCGAUCUAAAAGAAAUACACUGGAACUGGAAGGAAACUCUAGCAACGCGAUUAAAUGCAAGAACUUUUGUCGAGAGGCCGUUACGUCCUGGACGCUAUCGCGCAUCGAAUUGGCAAACUUCGGCGAGCCGAGCCGCGCCGAACGAAUAAAGUUCACCGAAAUACUAUCCACCCCAUCUUCUCCACUCCACUCCUAUUUGAUAACGAGUUAUUAUCGAUCCGUUUACGCGCGUUCACCAACAUAUACUAUUUUCAACCGCAAACUUUUUUUAACGCCAAUUUUUCGAACGAAUUUUGAUUGAAAGUGAACCGGUAUUCCGUUGACCAAAAAAAAAAAAAAAGGGAAAAAAAAAAGAAAAAAAAGAAAAUAAGUGAAAUUAACGUUACGCACGCCUUACAACCGAUACUCGGUACGUUGUUAUUUUGUCAACGAAUCGAUCAAUAAUCGAUGAUCCUUCGACGAACAGAAGUGCGCCAAGUGGAUUAUAGGAUUAAAGGUGAAAAAAGAUGAGCGAGGAGAGGAAUAAACACGUGUAAAUAUUUCGAACGCUAGAGAUUUGAUUACGAAACAGCGAAAAUCAUCCUUUUUUUUUUUUUUUAAUGUACAUUAGUUUGUAUUAUAAUAGCCUAAAAAAAAAAAGGGAAAAAAAAAAAAGAUUUAGGUAGAUAGAUUUUUUGAGAGAUCUCCAUAGCGAAGAGCGAAGGGAAGGAAGAAGAGGGUCGCCGUUUCUGGGGUUUUUGUUCAUCGAUGUUCUUUCUAUCGCGCUGCCCGACCGAAAAAUCGAAUCGCCGCGAACGCGAUACGGGAAAAAAAUCAAAGAAUCAUUAUGAUCGCAGUGAAUUUCGUAGCUCAAAGUAAUUUUCGAGCGCGACGAGCGCUCUCCCAGGAUAACAGAACAGAAACAGAUCGGUACUCGGAGAAUUUUGCGAAAUGCACGAACGAAUCAGUGUAUCAUCGCUUUAACGAUCUUUUUUUUUUCUUUUUUUUUUUUUUUCAACCAAGGAACCAGGUCAAUUCGUCGGAAACGAUACACUUUUUAUAUAUAUAUAUAUAUAUAUAUAUCCGCAUGAAAGAGAGAUAAUUAAAUAAAUACAAAAUGGAUAAUGUUCGCGCGCGAAAGAAUGUACGCUUCACGGAACUUUUUUGAUCGUCGAUCUCCGUAUUGGUCCGAUCGCAAUUCGAUCAAAAAUUCCUCGCAUGUACCUGCAAAAGCGCAAAGAUCGGGCGCGGAAGCGAAGACCACGGGAAAGACCACGUAUUUAUUCGCACAAGAUCUUCCGUUAGCGAGAAAACAAAUUUUAAUGAAAACAGAGAGAGAGAGAAAGUGAGAGAGAGAGAAUGAGAAAAUGAGAGAAUGAGAGAGCGCGCGUUUUGGAAGAAUGAAAAAGAGCGAAAGAGAGAUAAACAGAGAUUUUUUUUUUUUCUCCUUGGAGGAAUGGUGAGGUACGUAACGCAAAAGAAAAAAAAGCUAGCUACCGAGUCUUACUCUCUUCGAUAUCGACAGUGUGCCAAUGAAAAAAAAAAAAGAAAAAAAAAGAAACAUUUUUAUUCCGAGUUUAGCUAAAGUCUGUCGCAUUUUUUCAUUCAUUCUCCGAUCACUUCGUGCAUAAAUGCAUACGCACACGCACGAUAUAGAUAUAAUAACCGUAAGGAUAUGUAAGUACAAAGAAACAAAAAGGGAGAGAAAAUAAAAAAAAGAAGAAGCUUUGAAAUUUUCGAUAUUUUCCGCGUCGCGGCAGUCGAUAGGUAUUAAACGCGUGCCCUUAUCACUGAUGUACACGUGCUCGAUAAAACUGACAUUGGAAUUUUUGUGCUUUCCGCUCAGCCCACCUACGUUCCCGUUCCCUCCCCCACGCCACGCACACAUAAACACACAUGGCUCUUUGAUCGAAUUUCGUUUCGCGAUUUUUUUUCUUUUUCUUUUCCUUUUUCUUUUUUUUUUUUUUUUUUGUUUUUUUCGUUCGAUUCUUUUAAUUUCUUUCUCUGUCUCCUUCUAGCCCGCACAACUAAAUUUUACGAGACGGGAUGACGUUCCUUUUCUUUCUUUCUUCCUUGCAAUACGAGAUGAUAAAGAAGAAAAAAGGAAAGGAACGAAAAGACCAAAGAGAUGUUUAUUUUAAUGUUGUGUAUAUUAAUUGUUUAUGUCAUAUAAUAUUUGACGAUGCAUUUAUCCAUGCGUUACACCGAGAGUGCUUUAAUUAUUCUUUCUCCUCUUUUCUUUUCUUUUUUUUCAAUUAUUAUCAUUAAGCAUAAGUAUAUAUAUAUAUAUAUAUUCUUAUAUAUGUAUAUUGGAAUAUUGAUUUUGAUUCUUUUUUUUUUUUUUUAAAUAAGUUAUCUCAUCGUCUGCUAUCAUAAUCAUCGAGAUCGAUCGGCGCAAUAUUUUAUAUUUUGUAAGUUGUAUAUUUUGUUUAACACAACAUGGAGUUCAUCCAUCAGGCAUCAUUAUAACAACAACGAUUUUUAUUAUUACAAUUAUUUAUAGUUGAUUGAUUUACACAUAUUAAUUAUUAAGCAGCCAGUGCCGUUUAUUUUAUAUUUUUUUCAUAGAGUGUAAUGUGUAUCACUGCUGUUAUCAUAUUUUAUUAAAUCUUUGCCAUAUAACACUCCCUUAGUCUCACGAUUUCACCCUUCAUUAUCAAUAUGAGACGAUUUUUCUUCUUGUCUCAUCGCAAUUCUUCUCCCGCUGCAAUCUAUCCCCUUUUCACCUCCUUUUCUUCAUAACUCUAUACUGUGAUCGUAAUAAAGUCGAUCCUUGAUAUAUAUAUAUAUAUAUCGAGCUAACAUAUUGAGUUUUUUCUUACAUCGUAUUACAUUUGCUUUAAUUCUUUCGCGAAGAAUUAAUCAAAAGCAAAAAUGAGCGGGAAAAGAAAAAUGGAAAUAGAAAGAUGGAAUAUUUACGGAGGUAAUAUCGAAAAAAUGAAAAUUUUUUCCGAUACACGUAAAAGAAAAAAAAAAAAAAA